GUAAAAUAAUAUACCACCACCACCUCCUCCCACCUUCACUCGCACCAACGCACACAAUGGCUGCAAACGCCCUACAAAACCUCUACCGUCUAGCCAUCCCCGUCGCCACGGGUGCGGCUAUCGUCAACUCCUCGCUGUACGAUGUCCGCGGCGGAACCCGAGCAGUCAUCUUUGACCGAUUGUCGGGAGUGCAGGAGACAGUGGUCAACGAGGGCACGCAUCUUCUAGUCCCGUGGCUGCAGAGAGCCAUUAUCUACGAUGUCCGCACGAAGCCGCGCAACAUCUCGACGACGACGGGGAGUAAGGAUUUGCAGAUGGUUAGCUUAACGCUGAGAGUUUUGCACCGGCCUGAUGUUCCCAAGCUGCCGACGAUCUACCAGUCCUACGGCACCGAUUAUGACGAACGUGUACUCCCCUCCAUCGGCAACGAAGUCCUCAAAGCCAUCGUCGCCCAGUUCGACGCCGCCGAACUUAUCACCCAACGUGAAGCCGUCUCCAACCGGAUCCGGACGGACCUCAUGAAGCGCGCCUCGCAAUUCAACAUCGCUCUCGAAGAUGUCUCGAUUACCCACAUGACCUUCGGAAAGGAGUUCACUCGCGCCGUCGAGCAGAAGCAGAUUGCCCAGCAGGACGCUGAGCGGGCGCGGUUCAUCGUCGAGCGGGCUGAACAGGAGCGGCAGGCGAACGUCAUCCGUGCGGAGGGUGAAGCCGAGAGUGCGGAUAUUAUUAGCAAGGCGGUGGCUAAGGCUGGAAGUGGGCUGAUUGAGAUUCGGAGGAUUGAUGCGAGCAAGGAAAUUGCGAAUACGCUGUCGACUAAUCCGAACGUUACUUACUUGCCCGGUGGUGAGGGUAAGGAGGGUGGAAAGAGCACGAGCAUGUUGUUGGGAUUGAGGGGUUAAUGGGUUAAAAAAUUGUGUUAUGUUUACGUUCAGAUGAACUACCUGUAGCAAUAGCAUGCAUCUCCAUAUCUUAAUACGUCUACAAUCUUUUAUAAAGAUGGACCUGAAAUCUCAUAUCCUCCAGCCCAGCCCCUUCGCCAACUUCGUACCGUAACCGUGCUGCAUCUCUCCGCCACCAUCUUGAGUCCUGCGACAGCACCUUUUCCCAUUUGCCCUCUGCAACAGAUAACAGUGUAUGGUCCAGCAGGAACUUCAUCGGAUACUUCCGUUCCACCUUUUCUUCCGACUUGCCCAGCGACAAACUGGAAUAACUCCCGGGGCUGUC